AGGAUAUAAGGAUGCUGGCCCAGCGUGUCCAGCCUUUCCGCGCGGCGGCGGCUAGCCGGCGUCGCCUGACUGUUGUCUGCAAGGAUUCGCGUAUUGGGCGUGCGCCUAUCGUCGUGCCUAAGGGUGUUACUGUCACGCUAGAGGGCAACCUCGUUCGCGUGAAGGGUCCCAAUGGCGCUCUUGAGCAAUUGCUGUCGCCGCGGGUAAAGGUUGAGCAGGUGGACGGCAAACUGAAAAUUACAAAGCUUGGAGAUGACCGCGUGGCGAUGUCUCAACACGGUCUUAACCGGACCCUGGUAAACAACAUCGUUAUUGGUGUCUCGACGGGCUUUGAGAAGCGGAUGGAAAUGGUGGGCACGGGUUACCGUGCGAGCGUCGCUGGCAAGGAGCUGACCCUGAACGUUGGGUACAGCAAGCCACGUGUGUUGGAAAUUCCGGAGGGGCUCAAAGUCGCUGUGGAGAAGAACACCACGCUGGUCGUCUCUGGAGCGAACAAGGUGCAGGUGGGCGACUUCUGCGCCACCAUCCGCCGGCAACGCCCGCCUGAGCCUUACAAGGGCAAGGGCAUCCGGUACGCCGGGGAGUUCAUCAAGCUCAAGGAAGGCAAGGGUGCUGGCGGCAAGAAGAAAUAAGCAGGGGCAGCAACCUGACUGCUUACAUGCUCUGCUGGAGUGCAGACUCAGCAGUAGUUCCGUGCUGUGGAGGAUGUUUUUUGGCUAUCUGCUUGGCUC